AUUCCGACAUUUACUCAUUUUUUUCAACGUGUACUUUUACAUUUUUUGUGGUUGAUUUUUUUCUAGAUAUAUUAAUUUAUUCCGUUCUUCAUCUCUUUAUUUCUGUUACCCUGUAACUGCCUGAUCGGCAGCCUGCGCUCCAUUUAGUGUCCCCGCCUUUGCCACUUCGUACAAACUGCGGGACGCUACAACCAAAUGAAGCGCACCUCCUGUUGGCCAACGAAAACUUACACUCGGUUAAAAAUAGUAAAGCCGGACAUCAGAAAGCAAACACGUCCGUUCAACCUUUUCUGUGUAUAUAUGAAUUUAGUACACUUUAUUUAAUCAUCGACUGUUACCUCGGACUUAAAAACAUCAAGUCAGCUCGGAUAAAACGUCGUAAAUUGAACGUUACUGGUGAAAGACGAACUCCGCGUUAGUUCGGGCUGCGAGCAGGAAAGUAACUACUAGAAGGUAGCUAGGUGGGCUAAUGUUUAGCUUUAAUCCCGGGAGGAGCGCACUUUUCCGCAGAGCUUCAGAUGGCUGUCCGGUGGCUAUGCAGCCUGUUUGGGAAGCCCUUUGAUGGUGGGAAGAGGAUGGACCAUGGCGGUCCACAGCAGCAGCAGCAUCCCAUGGAGCAGCAGCAGCAGCCGUAUCAUCCGCAGCAUCCCGCCAUGAUGCGGCUGUACGAGGUGCAGAAGGAGGUGGCGUCCCUCGGGCCGCAGGUCUGCACCUUCAGCGGCAUGCAGAACGACCGAGACUACAAGCGUCUGGAGCGAGAGCUGACCCGGCUGCUGCUAGAGGUGGACCAGGUGGACACGGAGGGCAAACCGGAGCUGCAGGGGGCUCGGAAGAGGGCGGCGCAGGAGGUGGAGGGCCUGCUGCGCUACCUGGAGGAGAACGCCACCCAUCCGUCCCGUCUGGCCAUUGAGGAUCUGAGCACCAAGGCCCGGCAGCUGGUGGACGAGCGCGUCGUGGCUCCGCAAAGAGCCGGCGGCGUCGCCGAGAUCAACGACGAGCUGGUGGACGCCCUGCAGGAGCUGGUGCUGAGGCUAACCCAGGUGAAGACCGAGGGGAGGGUGCCGCUCCGCAAAGCCCGCUACCGGGCGCUAACACGCCUGUGCGCCGUGCAGGACGUGAUCGAAGGGCGGACGCAGCAGCAGACCCUGUCGCUGCCGCUGUCAGGCGACACCCACGAGGCCGUGCACCGCAUCAACCAGGUGAUGGUGAAGGUGAGCGUGGCCCGCGGCCAGCUGGUGGCGCUGCUGAUGGGGCUGAGCGGGAGGGACAGCUGUGCCCACCUGUCGCGCAUCCUGACGGAGAUGCAGGUGGAGCUGGACGCUCUGGAUGUAUCCGGAAACGCAGCAAUCAGAAACUACAGGAAGCAGGUUGUGGAGGAGAUUAACGGGCUGCUGAAACACCUGGACCUGGAGGGGGAGGGAGACGACACGCGCAGGUACGACUUGGCGCAGAACAACUCCAUCCGUGAGAUCGAGGCGGUGCGAGCUCACGUGUCCCACCUCCGAGAGGGCGUCCUGCGGCACUGCGCGAUGGGCGACCUCGGCUUCAGGCCCAAGGCCGAGCUGCAGAGCCUCCUCACGCACCUGGACCAGGUGGACACGGCCAAGAACCCGUGCAUCCGAGAGGCCCGCCGCCGCGCCGUGGUGGAGGUCCAGGCCAUCAUCACCUUCCUGGACCUCCGCGAGGCACUGGCCCGCCGCCAGCCGGGCGCCAGCGAGCACCCGUCGCACCGGGCUGUGUGGCUGGUCCUGGGGAGCCUGUCGGACCUCCAGGCCCAGGUGCUCGGCUACGAGGGCAAGCGGGCCGACAAGAGCUACAUGAUGCUGGAGGAGCUGCUGACCAAGCAGCUACUGAUGCUGGACGCCGUGGACCCGCAGGGCGACGAGACCACCAAGGUGGCGAGGAAGCAGGCGGUGAAGUUCGCCCAGAACAUUCUCAACUACCUGGACAUGAAGACGGACGAGUGGGAGUACUGACCCGACGGACGGGACGUCGCUGCAGCAACGAAGGGAGCUGAUAAUGUGUGUAAAUAAAGACAAACUGGUACGUUA